GUGCAGUGCCUAGCCCUUAGGUGCUGCACUGUGACUUAGAUGCCAGCCGCCCGCUCCCCCUCCCCCACCCCACCCAUUCGUUCCAGGAGGAGUUAUAGAACAGGCACGCCGGCGGCUUCCUCCUCUCCCCCUCUCAAUCCUCUCUCCCAAAUCCUUCAGAUCCGAUGAUUUGGUCCGUGCAUUUCUUCACCAAUCCAUCCUAGAAGGAUGGUUUGGCUUCUCGAUGAUCAUUGGGACAAACAACACCGGUCGUACGCUAUGUCGGUGGAGCAGCGGGAGCUUGCACCUCUGAAGCUUCGGUCUCACGGGGUCACCCUUGGAUGGAUGCACUAUGAUGAGCGGUACACACCGUAUGUAAGGGAGGUAGGACUUCUCCCUUUCAUUCAGUUAGUCCGCCGGUCGACACCACCCAACAAUGUUGCAGCACUCACCGCGCUUAUUGAUCAUUGGAGGCCGGAGACACACACUUUCCAUCUUCGGACCGGGGAGAUGACCGUGACGCUCCAGGAUAUUGCUAUGAUCACCGGUCUUCCUAUCGAUGGGAAUCCUUUGUGUAUGAACACCGAUUCUGAUGGGUGGCGCGCGCAGAUGCAUGCCCUUAUCGGUAUGGUUCCUCCGGAGCCUCGGGAACCAGAAGCAGAAGAUAAGAAGAAGGAAAGAGUCGCAGCCGGCGCUACUUUCACGUGGAUAUCAUCGAACUUCAGUACUUGCCCUGAGGAUGCUAAUGAGGACAUGGUGAAGACAUAUGCUCGUGUCUACAUGUGGUACGUGAUAUCCAGGACUAUGUUUGCUGAUGGCACAGGCAAGAAUGCUCCAUGGAUGUGGCUGAAGGCGUUGACCGUCUUCGAUAGCAAAUGGAGUUGGGGUUCGGCGACACUGGCUUACUUGUAUCGACAGUUGGACGAAGCCUGUUGUAGGCACACUGGAGGUAUUGGUGGUUGUCUGCUCGCACUUUCCAUAUGGAGCUGGGAGCGUUUGCCGGUUGGACGACUGAACACCGUGAAGUAUGAGGAUUGGGACGACAAAGACGACCCACUACGGCUCCCCACUUGGGCUUACAAGUGGGAUGUGUUAAAUGAGACGACGGAUGAUCCCUCGGUAAUGUACAAGUUGUACAAGAGCGAGCUGGACGCGAUCACGCCUGAGCAGGUGGAAUGGGAGCCGUAUGGAAAAUGA